GAGUGGAGGCGCCGCGCCCGAGGAAAGAGAAGAGAGAAAGAAAGCCGCAUGACUGCCGCCCUUCCUCGAUUCUUGUAGCUUAACGCGGAAGUAAUUAGCAACCGCACCACCCGGCACCGGCAGCAGGAGGGGGGAUCGAGCAGGCAAGCGCGCUCUGCUCUGAGGCGAGAGCAGAGCAGAGCAGACGCGGUAGCAUGAAGGGGCACCAGCAUUCCUCUCCCUUGCUGCAGUCCAAGCGCCGCUGCACCGCCCUUGCCGCCGCAGUGCCGGCGCUCGUCGUCUGCUCCGUCCUCCUGCCCCUCGUCUUCCUCCUCGCCCUCCACCGCCCAGGCUAUGGAUCGGACGAGCACGCUGCAGUCGUCAUCAGCACCGAGUUGGCUGGUUUUGGAGCGCAUAAGCAGCAUCUGGAUGGGAGCACCAUGAAGCACAAGCUGCUCAAGGAUGUUUCCAGAAAGAAAACGUCUGGAUCUAACAGGAUUUCAGCAGAGAAAUCUAGUAGAUCGAUGCCUAAGAAUCUUGCUGUCAAAUCAAAAGCAAAGUUCAAGGGUGCUUUCUCUUUACUUGACCUAAAAAAUGACACCUUCAGAAAUAAUGGACCUCAUACACCCAAAAGAUAUCAAUUGAAGGACUUGUCCUGGAGAUUGAAGGAUACUGCUGUUAGUGGGAAAGAGAACCAUGGUCAAGAAGAGACAGUGCAUGAGGAUAAUCCCAAGUCCUGUGAACUUGAAUAUGGAAGUUACUGCCUCUGGUCUGUUGAACAUAAGGAAGUAAUGAAAGAUGCUACUGUGAAGAGGCUUAAAGAUCAACUUUUUAUGGCAAGAGCUCAUUACCCUAGUAUUGCAAAACUGAAGAACCAAGAAAGGUUUACACGUGAACUGAAGCAAAACAUCCAGGAACAUGAACGCAUGCUCAGUGACACCAUUGCAGAUGCCGAUCUUCCGUCAUUUUUUGCAAAGAAGCUAGAGAAAAUGGAGCACGCGAUUGAGAGAGUCAAAUCUUGUGAAGUAGGUUGCUCAAAUGUUGAACGGAAAUUUAGGCAGCUACUUGAUCUAACUGAAGAUGAAGUUUAUUUCCAUACAAGACAGAGUGCAUUUCUAUAUCAUCUUGGUGUCCAGACUAUGCCGAAAACUCACCAUUGCUUGAACAUGAGACUGACAGUAGAAUAUUUCAAACCCAGAUCAAUUCUCAUGGACCAGUUAGAUAAACAGAAGCUUGAAAGUUCUAAAUUCCAUCACUAUGUAAUAUUUUCCAGGAACGUACUUGCAGCUUCAACCACUAUCAAUUCAACAGUUAUGAACUCCCAGGAUUCUGGCAGCAUUGUUUUCCAUUUGUUCACUGAUGCACAAAAUUUUUAUGCGAUGAAACACUGGUUUGACAGAAAUUCAUACUUGGAGGCAACUGUUCAUGUAACUAACAUUGAGGAUCACCAGAAGCUCUCUAAGUAUGCAUAUUCUCUUGAGGUACAACAAUUAUGGCCUGCAGAGGAAUUCCGUGUCACAAUUCGUAAUCAUUCUGAACCUUCCCAGAGGCAGAUGAAAACCGAGUACAUAUCUGUUUUUGGUCAUUCACAUUUCCUCUUGCCCGACCUUCUACCUAGCUUGAAUAGAGUAGUUGUUCUAGAUGAUGAUUUGAUUGUCCAGAAAGACUUGUCAUCUCUGUGGAACCUCAAUAUGGGUGGUAAAGUGAUUGGUGCUGUCCAGUACUGUGGAGUUAGACUAGGUCAGUUGAGAGCGUAUAUCGCAGAACAUAGUUUCAACACCAAUUCAUGUGUGUGGCUGUCUGGUCUGAAUGUCGUUGAAUUAGAAAAAUGGAGGGAACUCCGCAUUACCGGUUUGUAUGAUCAGUUACUCCAAAAGUUGCAAAAGGACAGCCUGACAUCACAGCGACUCAAAGCGCUUCCUGUAAGUUUACUUGCCUUUCAAGAUCUGAUAUAUCCUUUGAAAGACUCAUGGGUUCAAUCAGGUCUUGGACAUGAUUAUGGAAUUAGUCGAGUCGAAAUAGAAAAGGCUCCUGCUCUGCACUACAAUGGUGUCAUGAAACCUUGGCUUGAUUUGGGGAUACACGAUUACAAGAGCUACUGGAGGAAGUAUAUGACUAAUGGGGAGAGAUUCAUGACUGAAUGCAAUAUACAUUAAUAACAGUGACAUGAGAUGCACCACAGUACCACACAUUGCAUUUGUGAUAAGUCGAAGCAACAAACCUCAUGAACUUACUUAAACAAAGAGAAUAUGAUGAGCAGAAACAGUUAUGGUGAAUCAAAUACACCUCUGACGAAGCAAUGCUCCAAUUCCGAAAGGAGGAUAAGCUGAAAUGCUUUCUGCAAGGACGAAACCUUUGAAUUCCGUUGCAGACUUGCCUAGAUAUAUUUGAUUCUUUGACCUGUUUGUUAUACAGGAAACGAAUCUUUCCAUUUGUGGCUUGGAAUUGCAAAAGUGCAGUUCCUUCCUGCUCUUUUUUUUUUUUUGUAUAAAUUCACCCAUGCUAUAUUUUUGCUCAUUGUAUAAGAGCAAUACUGAGGGAGCGUUGACUGCGGCACGUCAUGUGCAGAGAAAAAAUGCCUGAACCAGCAAGCAUUCGCUUGUAAUCCUUUGCCACAAGGCUGACUGUUGUCAUCGUGGGAUGCUGAUGCCCCAUUGACGGCAUGAUGAAUGUUCGCUCUGCUCAUUGGCAUUCAGUUUUUGGAUUCGA